AUGAGACGAAUAUCAUUUCCGAGCGAUAACGAGAAUGAAGCACCGUCAAAGCCACUACGGCCAAUUUUCAAAAGCAGGAAACGCAAGGUUGGCGAGGUACGGCAGAAAUCUGCUAUGGAGCGCGAGUCGUCGCCACAGCCGGAGGAAGAAGCUGAUCUGGACAUCAAAGUGAUGCGCAAAAGCAGGGUAAAAAUGGGAGUUACCAACAACUCUCAUGCCCUUAGCACGGAGCGCAAAAGUGCACUGGAAAUGCUGCGCCGCUAUAACGAUUACUCGGUGGAAACGGCCGAAACCGCGGCGGUGGAGGCCCCGACACAAAUCCCUGACGAAAUGCAAAUAAAAGAGCUCAAGGAGCGGCGAUACAGAGCCCAACUUGGCCAAUUGGAGAGCGCGAAACAGCAGGAGCUGGACGAGGAUUACGACUCAGAGCAUGAGUUCAAAACGAGACGGGACGUGGACGACGACAUGGAUUUCGACAUUGAUCUGGACGAUCGACUCGGCGACGGCCGGUUUGCUGUGGGAGCCGGCGAGCAGCGUGUGCAGAGGCUUUUGCGGCAGGAGGAAAUCGAGGAAGCACUUUAUCAAGCGCAGCUUUCAGAGGAUGAGCAAGAGCUAGAUUAUGAGGCCGAAGUGAGCAGGUUAAAAGAGCAUAUUAGCAACUUGCAAGCGGCAGAGAACAAUGCCGCGGAAAAACAAGCCGCUCUCCAACAAAGGAUCGCUGAUUUGAGCUUGCAGCGGCGCGAGAUCGAAGAACAAUUGAACGGUUUAUGCUAG